AAUUUUGUACUGGUUGGGAUUGCGCCCGCAGCUUCCACCAUGAAUGGAAGAUGUGUACCUGUAGGAAGUGGCUGUGCUGUGAUGUAGUAGUUUUCCACUACAGGCAGCGCGAUCUAUUGGAACUGGUUUCCGAGUCACUUCCGAGCUAGGUAGAAGACACCUAUAGCUCUUCAGUUAUGAUUUCGUUGUAGAUUAGUUCGCACGUAAUUGUAUACUCAUAGUUAGGGAUUCGUUUAAUUUCUGUAUUAAUCGUGUCUAGUGUUUAAUUAAUGUUGUGUAGCUUGUUAAUUAGAUAAUACACGCCCUUUUGAACACAGUAUUGUGCCGCAAUUAUUGUAUUGCUUUUCGCGUUCGUUGUUGAACCUACAUAGCUGCCCAGUCAGCCAUAACAAGAGUGGUUACCUGACCCUCAAUCACCUCGGAGAUAGCAUAAAUUCAGAGUAUAGCUUCUCCGAAUCUUAUGUAGCUGAGUCGUUUCUUAUACAGGGGAGUCUAGGGUACACCCCCGACCACUACAAUUUUUUGCUUUCGAGUGAACGUAUUAUAAGUAGCUGGUGCAAAUUAGACUAGUCCAACAUGAAACCGAAUCGCUUUGUGUAUUUUGUGAUUUUUUUCGUAUCAUCGGUUUCGCUGAAGAACGUGAAUUGUGAGAAUGGAUUUUCAUCAGAAAAAAACGACAAAAGAAAACUAAAAAUAGCAGUCAUAUUACCGCUUUCUAAUCCAUUAAUGUUAUCGAAACCAUACGAAUGUUCAAACAUGCUCCUUCCUGAUGCAUUACAAAAUGUGGAAGCUGUAUUCUAUGCAUUGGAUUUAAUAGAAAGAGACGAUACACUCUCACAAAAAUAUACUCUGACAAUUGAUAUUCUAGAAAGUUGCUAUCUUCCUAGCAUAGAAAUGGGACAUCUUUCAAAUUUACUCGAACAACUGCAGGUGGAGCCUUCAGAUUCAGAAAAUGCUACCGUCGGAGUUAUUUAUGCAUUCGAUUCGGGAGUACGAGGAUUGAAUUACGAAACUAUUUUUGCAUCGGUUGACCUUUUCCCACAUAUUAGCUAUUCAGGACCACCGUCACAAUUUGAUAUGAGUACAAUGGCGCCAAGAUAUAAUGAUGAUUUUCUAGCAAUAACUUCUGGUCAUAUUUUCAUAGCGGACGUUAUGUUUGAAAUUUUGAAACAUUUUGAGUGGAAAUACAUCGCAAUAUUUACGUCCACUUGGUCUGACAGAAAUGUCGAAGUGGGGAACUUUUUCGAGAAACGAGCUAAAAAAUUAGCUGAAAGUGACAAAGUUUGCGCAGCCAAUGAUUUUGUGUUGGAGAAUAUGAAUGACUGGCUUUUAAAAUCAAAUACUACACUUGCACCUAAGGUCGAUGUAAUAAUUUGUUAUUGCUAUUUAAGCGAUAUCCAAACCUUAAACCGGCAAUUAAGAAGACACCAUAAAAAAUAUGUCGUCAUCGCAGGAAAUAAAGACGAAGAUUGGACAAAAGAAGAUGAUAUAGAAUGGACAUCGGAUUUAGGAGACCUAUAUUACGUAACACCAAUGCCAAAAUUCAACGACAAAUUUUACCAUCAUUACAUUUCUUCGUCCGGGCAAAAUGAUACCAAAUAUGAUUAUCUAAAUAAAUUCAGGGAACGGUAUCUUCAAAAAGCAGUUUAUGGAAAUGAAGAACCACCAACAGCCGAAAAUAUGUACAGAAACUCUUAUAAAAAUAAUUCAAAAACAGCAUUCAAUAUCAUCAAAUCACUGUAUACCAUGGCUCAUGCUUUCAAAAGAACACUGAAUGCAACAUCUCAGAUUGAGCGACACCAUGUUGUAACCAUGCUUCGUCGCGUCAACUUUGAAUUAUUCAACGAAGAAGUGAGUUUUACACGACGCAGAGGCCUGCCAAAAAUAGAAAAAUUUGACAUCCAGAAAUUUCAAGCAACAUCAAACAUAUCUGGAAACUUCGUCAAAGUUGGCGAAUAUGUUUUGGAGGGCGACGAAUCAGACGGUACUGAAACGGAUUUGAAGACAGGACACGUUAUAUCGAGAUCAGAUACAGUAAUACGAGUACAAGGUAAUUUAACAAUAACGGACCCAAAUUUCCAGUACGCGAAAGAUUAUCCGAAACAGACAUGCAGUGAACCGUGUCCAGAAGGACACUUCAAAAGAAAUCAAUCAGAUCAAUGUUGCUGGGAAUGUGUUGGAUGCGGCGAUUUUGAGAUAUUGAACAACGAUGCAACUUCAUGUGAAAAAUGUCAAGUUGGUUUUAUGGCAGAUCAGAAUAAUAUUGCCUGCAUAUCCGUACGUUUAUCUUCUAUUCUACCACUGCCACCCAAAUGGACUGACGGUCAGAAUUUAAUAUCCAUUGGGUUUUCUGCAUCUGCCAUCAUAAUGGCGGUGAUCGUAUUAUACGUGUUCAUCAAGUAUCAAGAUACUCCGGCUGUUAAAUCGACCACCAGAGAACUAUGUUACAUAAUGUUUUCCGGGAUUAUCUUGGUUAACAUUACUGUCUUAAUUUCGUCAGUGACUUUGAGCUUUGAAACAGCAGAUGUGAGAGUUUUACCGCCAAUAGGCUUCACGAUGAUAUAUGCUGCUUUGGUGGUAAAAACUAAUCGAAUUGCUCGUAUAUUGGUUACAUCCAAACAUAAAUUUGCCAACAUGAAUCCGAAAUACGCAUCACUAAAGGCUCAGCUCAUCAUAACUUCUACACUGAUCGGAAUAGAAACACUAAUAUGCUUGUUCUCAGUGAAAUUUCAAAAUCCAGAAUCGGAAAUGGAAAAUAGCGACUUCAUUAUAAAAAAAUAUUACCUAGACAGUGCUUUUUUAAUCGAAAUAUUUGCUUUUGUUGCAAUCCUCACACUGCUUUGUACUUAUUACGCCAUCAAAACGCGAAAUCUUCCGGAAAAUUUCAACGAAACCAAGUGCAUUGGGUUUGCGAUGUACACUACUCUGAUAACAGAAACAGCUUUCGGCUUGGUAUAUUUCACUACAGAUAAGAAAAUACUGGCAAUGAACCUUUGUGCGUCGAUAAAUUCUCUGGCGAUUUUGAUAUUUUUGUUUUCACCGAAAUUGUACAUCAUUUUAUGGAGGCCAGAAAAAAACACCAAAGUUUAUUUUUCACCGGUUGCGAGCAAUAUUCGUAGUUUUAUGGGAAAUACGUCACGGUCCAAUCCACAUCGAAUGUCUAAUCAGUGCCACUCACUUGAAAAUAAAAAACCAUCAACGCCAGAUGAUUCAAAAGAACAAGUACAUGAUACCAUCGCCAAAGCCAUCAAACACUUAAACGACAUUCUAAACAAAGCAUCAGCCACAAGUGAAUAUUUAAUGACACAAAAGGAUGAUUCAGGAACUCAAAGAACAGAUGGUAUCUGGGAGAAAGAGUAUGCUGAGAUGAUUGCAGAUGUGAAAUCAUGUUACAUGGAACUGAAUCGAAUGCAGAAAAAUGAUCCUUAAUCAGCAGACGAAUAAUUUUUACUCUUCAAACUUUAAUCAGAAGCUAGCUUUUCAAUUAUAAGUAUUGAUAAAAUUGUACCACGUCAUAAUUACUAAUAAAAGAGCAAAAAAUAAGUGAACCUGUCAAGUGAAGCAGUCAGCGAAGGCGAACCGUAUGUCGGAGAACAAAAUUUUACAGAGGCCAAAAACUAAAUAAUUACAAAAAAAACUCUUUUUUUGGGGAGGGGGGAUUCGUAUAUUUGUGAUACUACUAUUAAUCUUGUACCUAUUUUAAAAUGAAUAUAAUGAGUUGAUGUCACAGAAGUGUCAUCUUUCUUCCUCAAAUUGAGGUUUUCUGAGAAGCUUCUUCAAAUAAAAAUCAUUCAAAUGCCAUAAAUAACACAAAAAAUCAAUAUUCGUGGGAGUCCACGUGAAAAGAAAUUUUUUUGUUCUGGAUUUUGGUCAUAUAAGACCUCUUUUUACAUGCGAUAUAGUCCAACAUAGUUCCAAUUUAAAGUUGACUACCACGUCUAUGCUUAAUUUUUUUUCGAGUGUUUUUCAAUCUAAGAGGUAAUUUUAUGAGGAAACUCUGCAUUAUAUUUUCCAAGAUUCUCGGUUCAAGAAAAAGGCAACAAACAAAAAACGCAGAUAUUAUUUUUUUCGUUUCUUUUUUAAAUCUUAUGAAUUAUGAAAAAUUUACAUUUUGGCAAUGGAGCUUCUCAAAAACUUGCACAGUAUAAUGAUGAAGA